UCUAAGUUGUAAAGGUAGGUUACGUCAGAGACACUGCUGCUGCUGGUUGAAUCGAUGGUGUGCAUGAAAAUUAAAAACUACGUGCUGAGGACUGCCAGCUGAGGCCAUGAGUCGAGCCCCUCUACAGCAGCCGCAGAGCUGUGGGCCGUGGGAGCGGAAGGAGCGUCUGGGGACUGGAGGCUUUGGGAAUGUCACGAAAUGGCAAAAUAAGGACACAGAGGAGCAGAUCGCUGUAAAGCAGUGCCGUCAGGAGAUGAGCGAGAAAAACAAAGAAAGAUGGUGUCUGGAGAUCCAGAUCAUGAAGAAGCUGGAGCAUGUCAACGUUGUUGCAGCCAGAGAGGUCCCUGAAGAAAUGAAGAAACUGGUGGCCCCGCAUCACCCGCCACUUCUGGCCAUGGAGUACUGCCAGGGAGGAGAUCUGAGAAAGUAUCUGAACCUCCUGGAGAACUGCUGUGGAAUGAGGGAGGGCUCCGUUCUGAUACUGUUAUGUGACAUCUCCUCGGCACUCACCUACCUCCACAAGAUGAGGAUCAUCCACAGAGACCUGAAACCAGAAAACAUUGUGCUGCAGCAGGGAGAGAAACGAUUGAUUCAUAAGAUUAUCGAUCUCGGCUACGCUAAAGAGUUGGACCAGAGCAGCAUCUGCGUCUCAUUUGUUGGGACACUUCAGUACUUAGCUCCAGAGCUCAUAGAGAGGCAGAAGUACACGGUCAAGGUGGACUACUGGAGCUUCGGCACUUUGGUGUUUGAGUGUAUCACAGGAUAUCGCCCUUUCUUACCAACCUGGCAACCUGUUCCUUGGCACAACAAACUGAGGCUGAAACAGGACGAUGAUAUUGUCGUCCAAGAGGACCUCUUAGGAGAAGUGCGUUACUCCAAACAUGUGCCCCAGCCCAACAACCUCAACAGUCUGUUGUUAGAGAAAAUGGAGAGGUGGCUGCAGUUGAUGUUGAAGUGGGCUCCUCAGGAGAGAGGCAUAGACCCCGAGGCUACACCCAGCAACUGCUUCUCCCAGCUGGAUGUCAUACUGCAGCUCAAGCUGGUUCAUGUCCUGAACAUGAUGUCUGCUAAGAUCCUGACAUACUCAGUCUCAGAGGACGAGACAGUGGCCAAUCUGCAGUUGAGGAUCGAAAAAGACACCAGCAUCCUUGCAGCCAAUCAGGAGCUGCUGCUUGAGGCGGGGAUAGCUCUGGAGCCUCAAGGGCUGGCCACCCAAUGCGCCAUAGAUUACACAGAGAUAGAUGGCCGACGGACAGACCUGCCUCUGGUCUUCCUGUUUGAUCGCUCCUCCUGCAGCUAUGAACCUCAGUUUGCUCCUCGCACCCUUCCGGACAACAUCUGCUUUGCCCAAAGCGACCCGAAACGCGUCCUUCCUUACAGCCCUCUGAGGAGGACUUGCGGUCAGGCGUGGCACACCAUCCGUUCCCUGAAAGAGGACUGGCAGAGACUGCAGCAGGGACAGAAAGCUGCCAUCAUGAGCCUGCUGAGACACAACUCCUCGCUGUCCAAACAGAAGAAUGAGAUGGUGUCCAUGUAUCAGAGACUCAUGGCCAAGCUGGACUUCUUCACUACCAGCAUUCACGUAGACAUGGACAAAUACCAGGAGCAGACCUCCACUGGGAUCGCAUCAGAGAAACUCCUUGGCGUGUGGAGGGAGAUGGAGCAAAAAGCUAUCAGCUGUGAUCAGGCCAAGGCGAGUGAACUGGAGGAGGAGAUGAUGCAUCUGCAGCAGGACAUAGUGGAUGUGCAGAGACAGCCGUGGAGGAGUGGAGAAGCUCUGGACACACUUGAAGGAAAAGCCAUGGAGCUGUUCCGCAAACUCAGAGAGAAACCUCGAGACCAAAGGUGUCCAGGGGACAGUCAGGAGAUGGUGCGACUGGUCUUUCAGGCAGUGCAGUUCUAUGAAAAGAAACUGAGAGACUUCUACACACACCUCAGUAAGACCGCCUUGUGCCGUCAGCGUGUGAUGGAGCUGCUGCCCAAGGUGGAGGGAGUGGUUCAGAGGAUGGCAGAGAGCGAGCAGGUGCUGAUGAGUCUGCAGGAGAGGCGACAGAGGGAGCUGUGGAACCUGCUCAAAGUGGCCUGUAGUAAAAUUCCCAGCCCAGUGAGUGGAACUCCUGAUGGUUUACGUACCCCAUCUUCAGGGCCUCUACUGACCCCAAGACACAGCUUACAGCAGUUUGAUGAGUCUCUGGUGGAGGAGAGCAGGACGUUUGAGAGUCGACUCCAGAGUUUGCUGCAUGACACCAUCCAGGAGUCAGAUAGCAGUAUGGAGAUGUUGAGCGAAUGGACGUGGAUGCAAGGCGGACAGAAUUUCUCCAGUGACCUGUCCUAAAGGAAGUCUUCUAUUUGCUUACAUUUGGUACUCUACUGCCUCAGUGUGGACAGGGUGUCAAAUUACACAACAGUAGGUAGCGACUGGUUUGUUAGAGAAUGGGAAUGCUGUAAGAUAGGCUGGCUCAUCCUUGCUAACCAGAUGAGGGAGAAGGUGCUCAACACUGCUGUAUGGAUUUUAAAGCCAACCUGUUUCAUACAUUUAUCUCUGAUUAGGAUGUACAUCAGAGGACUUUAUUAAAGACGGACUGUAGUUAUGUAGUUGUUACCCAUUUGUUAUUAGAACAAAAAUAUGUGAACAUCAAUUAAAUGGGCAGAUCGUAACGGAAAGAGAACAUUGAGUAAAUAAAAUAUGAACAUAUCUUCUUUAUAAGAGGAACGGGAGCAGCCAGCAGAAAAUAAUGUCCAAUAUCUGAUAAGUGAAUCUCCUUUUAAAAGUGUCCUUAAAACAGCUCAGAAACAGAAAGAGCUAAUUUUCUCCUCAAGUGAAUAACUGAGAGUUCAUGAAUGUAAAUGUUUAACCAAAAAAAAAAAAAACUUCUAUUGUGUUUAAAUCUAUAUAUUUUAGGUUUGUUUCAUCGGUGUAACUAUUUUAUAGAUGGACUGUUAUGAAUCUAAAUAUAUUGUGUAUGUACAUUUCUCGCAUUGGACCUUUAGUAUUUAGAGGAAAGUAAAUGAAUGAUGUUUGUAACUGUUAAAGGACCGUUUUGACUGUAUGCUGCGUCACGGUGUGAAUUUGAUCCUUCUUAUUUUUUGAUACUUCAUAAAAAUUGCGAGAAGGUUUGGACAUAAGAAUAGACCAUUUUAAAACCUGGUGCUGUUAAGCUCCCUGUGAUAAUAUCUGGUGAUUUUAAUCCCAUUUAAAUUGAGUCUGUCAGGAGGUUAGGUCAGUAUAGGUAGUAUAGUAAGCAUAUAAUAGUAUAGUAAGUGAUAGUGUUAAUUUCCAUGGUUAAAAACAAUAACAACAUAUUGUUGUUCUCUCUUGACUUGGUGCAAUAAGGUUAGAAAAGUUGAUUAUUUGUGGCCUAAACCUUUAUUUUGAAACAUUUCCCUCUUUUUCUUAAACUAUGCAAGACUAUUGUCAACCUUUAUGGAUUCUGAUAAUCAGUGAACACGACUUUAAAACCAAUUAUAUAGACGAAUGUGUACUAGUUAUUUCCUCUACCUCCGUUAUAUUCAUGCUUUGAGUGCUUCAGCAUUCAUGAGGCUGCUUCAUCUACUGGAGGUGAUCUUUACUAUCUGUAUUUCACACAGUGAUGGGAAGUUAUACAUGUUGUCUGUCUGUCCUAUUGUUGUCCUUUUGUGUUAAUGAUCUUUUUUUUUUUUUUUUUUACCUCAAAGCUGUAAUACCACCAUAAUGUGAUAAUGUGAGGGACUUCAAUCAUAUUUUACAAAACAAAAACUGACAUCAACUGAUUUUAUCUUUGAUUCAUCUGCUUUUUCUAAGAACAAGGUUUCCUCUCCUUUUUUCAUUUUCAUGUCAACAAAAAUAAAAUAAAAAGUCCACUUCAAGA